AUGGGGGACAGACCUUACAUAUGUGCUGAGAGUGGGAAGAGCUUCCUCCAGAGUGCUGAGCUUGUUCUGCAUCAGAGAACUCACACGGGUGAGAGACCCUACAAAUGCAUGGAGUGCGGGAAGAGCUUCAGCAUCCACUCCAACCUUAUUAACUGCCAGAGAAUCCAUGUGUGGGGGAGACCCGAUAACUGUACGGAGCGUGGGAAGAGCUCUGGCCGGGGCACAGACCUUAUUAAACAUCAGAAGACCCACACUGGGGAGAGGCCCUAUAAAUGCACUCAGUGCAGGAAGAGCUUCAACCAGAGCUCAAACCUGGUGAAACAUCAGCAGAUCCACACAGGAGAGAAGCCUUAUCAGUGUCCUGAGUGUGGGAAAUGUUUCCGGCAGAGCUACACGAAAAACAUCAGAGAGCACUCUGGACUGAUUGGCCACAGGGCAGAGAAGAUGCCCUACCAGUGUGUCGAGUGCGGGGAAACCUUCGCUCAGACCUCGACCCUGGUUAGACACCAGAUCACCCACAUGGAAGAGAGACCCUACAAAUGUCCGGACUGCGGGAAGGGCUUCAGCCGCAUCUCCAACCUUCUCCAGCACUGCAGGACCCACACAGGGGAGAGAUCCUACCCCUGCACCGUCUGUGGGAAAAGCUUUGGGAUGAGCUUGCACCUCGUCAAGCAUCAGAGAACCCAUACUGGGGAGAGACCCUACCAGUGCGCUGACUGCGGGCGGCACUUCAUCCAGUGCUCAAACCUUCACAGUCACCAGAGGAGCCACGCUGGGGAGAAGCCUUAUAGCUGUGCCAAGUGUGGGAAGGCAUUCAGUCAGAACGCCACCCUUCGCAGCCACCAAAGCAUCCACCAGGGAGAGAAACCCUUCCGGUGCACCCAGUGCAGGGAGAGCUUCCAAUACCAGCUAUAG